AUGGCGGCACCGCUGGUGUCGCCCGCUGCGCUGGCAUCCCUGGAGGGCGAAGGCUGGCACGUCUCCCCGCACGCGCUUCUCGCGCUGCUCGCCGCGAAACCCCCCUCCGCGAACGGCGGCGCACCGGAUCCGCAAGCCUCCCCCGCCUCCGCCACUUCCGCGUCCUCGGCGGGGCAGCCACUUGGCGCGGUGCAGAGCGCGCCGAUGUCGGCGCAGCAGGUGCGGGCGGCGGCUCUGGACCUGGACCUGCGGCGGUUCGGCGAGGCGUGCUUGCCGGACGACGUGAAUCACGCCGAGUACCGCCGCCUGUCGGGGAGGCUCGUUGUGCAGGUGAAUGCCCGUGAACGUGUGCGAGCCCAGAGGCGGGAGGACGCUGAGUCAGCCGCCGCUGCUGCUGACGAGGACGACCGCUGGGACGACGACAACAAUCCGCCCGCCCCCGCUGCUCCCUGUCCUGCUACUGCUUCUGUUGGUGUGGAUGGGCUGGGAGGGCGAGGUGCUGUGGGUGGCAGUGGGGGGCGAAGGCUGCUGCGCAUUCGGGUGACGGACGGCAAGAGGAAUGCGAGUGCUGUGGAGAUGCACCCGUGCCCUCACGUGCCGAUGGCUCUAGCUCCGGGCACCAAGCUGCUUCUCACAACCCCCACCAUCCGCCACGGCUUCAUCCUGCUCCACCCUCAGAUCGUGCAACUGCUCCUCACGGCCCCCAUCAUCCGCCACGGUUUCAUCCUGCUCGACCCGCAGACCGUGCAAGUGCUGGGCGGCCGCGUCUCCCCUCUCUACGACGAGUGGGACAUGCAGCGCCGCUACUCCCUCCUCCCCGCCCUCGCCCCCACUGCCUCCUCCGCCCACUCCCGCUCCUCCCGCACCCCCUCUUUGUCCGCCCUCGCCUCCUCUCUCCCCGGUGCCUCUGCGGGCCCGCCUCCCUUCCGGGGGGUCACAGACGCACGCCUGCAAGCAACGCCAGCUGUCACGACUGCUAGCACACUUGCCAGUAUGCCUGCCAGCGCACCUGCCAGCACGCAUGUGUCUGGAGCAGUAGGUGGGGGUCUGGGAGGAGGGCGUGGUGGUGAUGCCAGUGCUGCCGGCUCUGCCCCUGCAGCAGCGGCAGCAGCAACAGGAGGAGGUAGCACAGCAAGAGAGGAGGGUGGAGGGUCGACAGAGGCGGGUGAAUUGGGGGCAGCAGCAGAGGCGGCGAGGGAGAGGGCGGUGGAGCGGGCGAGAGUUGAGGCUGCUGCUGCUCUUAAGCACGUUGCCCCACACGAUAGGAACGCUUCCAGGAAGCUUCUGGAGAAGAUGGGGGAGGAGCAGGGGCGAGGCAGGGGCAGGCGGGGGGGGCGUGGGGGAAGGGGGAGGGGGGGGAGGGGCCGGGAUGAGGAGGAGGAGGAGGAGGGGACGAUGACACUAGAGGAAUAUGAAGCGCGGAAGGCUAUGGGGAGGCAAGGAGGGGGGAGAGGGGUGGCGGGGGUGACGGGAGGAACGGGAGGGAUGGGAGGAAUGGGAGGGAGUGGAGGAAGGGUAGAUGUAAGCAGUGCAGCACAAGUGAUGUCAGAUGAAGAACUUGCGAGGAAGCUGCAGGCGGAGUUGGACAUGGAGGACAUGGGGGGAUUUGCACACGCAGCCCACACACCUCCACACGCACACCACACGCCUCCCACUGCCACGUCAGCAUCGGAGCAGCUGCGCCAAUCACUGUUCAGCUUCCAGCCAGCUGCAGAGCCCGAGGGGAGCUACGAAGGGGGCAGGGGCGGGCAGGGCAGACGGGGGAGGAGGGGCGGAGGGUUUGGAAGGAGUAGCAGUGGCAGAUACGGGGGCAGAGGGGGAGGGAGAGGAGGCAGAGGAUGGUAA